UGGGAACAGGCUUCCGUCAGGAUCCAUUGCAACUUUGGGAUCCGUCACGACCGCGGCAGCCAACACCAACAGUCAAACACGAGCUGGCAGAGUGGUGACUCCACGAGACGUGCCCUACAGUGAGAACGUCAUGCCCAAAACGCAAUCAUGCCGAGGGCAUAUGAAAAAUCUGCCUGGCAGGACCACGGUGAUUUCAUAGCUGCAGCACCACCUGUGGACUAUCCGACAGCCGGAGCCGGGGUAGGCACGAUGUUCGUCAGUGACAAGAACCAAGCUCAGCAGCCCAGGCAUUCUAUCAUGAUCCUCCUCUUCCAAUGCCUCCGCAUCUUCCAGCGACGGACGAAAAAGCAUUCGGCCAUGCAGGGUCCAACAAGGUAG